UGUUAUAGUCGCAGGUAACUGUAGACAAGUAGCGAUCGUUGCGAUGAUGAAAAUUUAAUUGAAUAGGGGUAAUGGCGGAGAUAUUGAGAAAUAUUUAAAAUGUUGUCUGUAUCUGACGCACCUACAGUAUGGAACCUAUUAAAAGGUGUGAUCUGCAUCUAUAAACCAGCUGGAAUUACUGCUGCUAGCGUGCGGAGUAUAUUACUUGGCAAUAUUUGUAGAGACCUUUGCGAAUUAGAAAGUCGGCCGCCAACAAGGCAUGUUUUUAUUGAAGGUAAUCCGUCAACAUCAUUAAGUGUACAUGUUGCACCCAGUUUUGCGGAUCAUCCACUUGUUGUUGGUCCAAAAUAUCAACCAGAAGAUCUCCGUUGUACGUGGGGUGCCCCCCUUGGCAGAAAUAUUUCUGGAGUGUUUGUCUUGGGUCUCAGUGAUGGUAAUAGAACUGUUAAGAAGUUACAUAUGCAACGUCCCACUCGAGUCUUUCGACUCAAGGGUUUGCUGGGACAGGCAACAGAUACGUAUUUCAGUGAUGGCAAAGUAGUAGAGAAAGCAACAUUCUGGCAUGUGAAUAGAUCAAAAUUAGAUGCUGUACUUGCUUCCAUACAAGCUGCACAUCAAAAACAAAUGUUUCACCAGUGUGGUGUCGACAUACAGAGCCAGGCUGCAUACGAGUUAGCAGUGCAAGGUCUGAUCAAACCAGAAAACAGUAAAAUUCCUUUACUGUAUGGUAUAAAGUGUGUUCACUUUCAGCCACCGGAUUUUACAAUAGAGGUACAGUGUAUCAAUGAACAUGAGAUGUACCUGAGGACAUUGAUACAUGAUACAGGGAUUCAGCUGCACAGUGUUGCCACCUGUACAGGCUUGCAGUGCAUCCGCUAUGACUGCUUUACACUGGAACAUGCACUACUACGAAAACAUUGGACACUUCAGUUUUUAUUGGACAAUAUGGCUGAAAGUAAUAGAUUACUCAGAGAGUCAGAAGCAGACAAGAGACAGAAGUCAGCUACGCUACUUGAAAGUGACAUAAGCAAGCUUAAAGCACCUGUUGUAAAUAGUUAAGACUCUAUGUACCAAAAAUAAAAAAUCUAAAGCACUUUUAA